AGUAUUUUUAACAACUAAUGAAAAAUUUAAAAACUAUUGCAAAACUGAUUAACAAAUAACAGAAUAAAAUUUGAUGGAAAUUAUAAUUUUAAACUUAUACCUAUAAUUUGGAAUUGUUCAAAUAAUUAAUAAUGAUGGAAGUAGUUUAUACAUUUUGUACUAGUAUUUUCGACCACAUAUUUGGGUACUUAGAAUAUAUUUUGCUUAAUGGCAGCAGAAAUAAUGUUCCACUGAGCGCUAGUACUACGGUUCUUUCAAUGACUGAAAUAGAAUCUCCAGAAAGAAUUCAAAUUGACAAGAAUGAAACGUGCCGAAAAAUGCAAAAUGAUGUUCAUAGUCCUGGAAUCAAUAACAGAUUAAAAAAAAAAGAAACUUUGCAGAAAAAAAUCAAUUUCGAAUUUGGAAACACAGAACCUGAGUGUUAUUAUAAUAAUAUCGAAACACUAAAAACAGCCAUGAAUAGUAGUGGUUUAUACUAUGGAAUAUUCUAUGAAAAUAUGAAAUGCAAUGAAACAAAAAUCAUAGAAGACGAAGCAAAAAAGUUUCAUUUUUUUGAAUCCAUGGGCCGAGAUAUAAUGGGAACUGGGAAGAACUCGACAAUCUCGACCAAAACUCAAAAGCGCAUUGAUUAAUAAUUUUUAAUGUAUAAUUUAUAA